UGGAUGAUGUGGAACUGGCUGGUGUCUGCCCUUGCUGUAGGAGCCUCUGUUGUGUUGUAUGAUGGAUCACCUUUUAUUCCUUCACCAAAUGUCAUUUGGGACUUAGUCGACAAAAUAGGAAUAACCAUUUUGGGAACUGGAGCCAAGUGGUUGUCAGCUUUGGAAGACGGGGAAGUUCAGCCAAUUAGGACGCAUAAUCUAGCACGUUUACACACGAUACUGUCAACGGGCUCCCCCCUGAAACCGGCCAGUUAUGACUACGUUUACAACAGUAUAAAGCACGAUGUACUCCUUGGUUCUAUCUCAGGGGGCACAGACAUUAUUUCAUGUUUUGCCGGUCAAAAUCCAACUGUCCCUGUGUACCGUGGAGAAAUUCAAACAAGAAACCUUGGAAUGGCCGUGGAGAGCUGGAACGACGACGGUGAAGCUGUAUAUGAUCAGAGCGGAGAGCUGGUUUGUACCAAACCCUUCCCUUGUAUGCCUAUUUACUUUUGGAAUGACCCUCAAGGCCUCAAAUACAAGAAAGCCUACUUCAACAAGUUUGUAGGUGAGCUUCAAAAUAGCAUCUAUUGCACUUCAGGCUACGAUGCAAUUUUGACGAUCGGUUUCAACUUGAUUGUUGGGUGUUGUUGUUGUUUCAGUGAUGGCACCCUCAACCCAGCUGGUGUGAGAUUUGGGAGUGCGGAAAUUUAUAAUAUUGUUGAGAGAUUCGAAGAAGUGGAAGAUAGUUUGUGUGUUGGUCAACAGACGAAGGAUGGAGAACGGGUGGUUCUUUUUCUGAAGAUGAGCAACGGAUUCAGAUUUAACGAGGAGCUUGUGGCGCGCGUGAAGUCUACGAUCCGACAAAGGCUGUCUGCCAGACACGUCCCAGAAAUUAUCCUGGAAACAAAAGAGAUUCCUUACACAGCAAGUGGGAAGAAAGUGGAAGUUGCUGUCAAACGGAUACUUGCAGGAGAACACAUCAAAAACAGAGGAGCUUUAGCAAACCCGAACUCCUUGGAUCUUUACUAUGGCAUAGCUGAGCUCAAUCAAGGAUAAAAUUUAUAAAUCCAUGUCUAAGAACACGCUUCAUCUAACUUGAAAACAAACAGACAAACGCUCGAGUGAAACUAACAUGUUAAAUGUGUCAAACUCAAAAAAUAUCAACCAUGGGCCGUGGUGGGAAAUUUUUUAAAACCUUUCGGGGAUAUUGGAAGCAAAUCCGCGCAAGCAAAAAUUGUUAUACUAAAAAUUCUUUCAGAAAUUUUAAGCAACCAGUCAAGGAAUUAUUCCCGUGCUCUCCGAUACUUUCCUGGUUCUUCAAACACAAUCAUAUAUUCCCAAUCAAAUCACAAAGAAAAAAAAAUUUAUUUUGAAUUUUUCUGAAAUUUUUAUGGGCCGACUGAUGCCCCAGUAAAUGACGUGUUCGGGCUCACGUGACUAAGGAAACCCUCUCACUGCGCUACAUGUCACUCCAAUAUGUUUCGAAAAGCAUCGAUUCGCAAGAAAUUGUACGCUUCUUUUACAUAAAGAAAAUCAGGGAUAGGUUAUUUAAUUGUCGAAAGCGGGCACUGUGCCACUUUUGAUAAACCUUAAUAUGUUAUUGCACAGUUAGCUAGAUUUUAAUCCAAAGGUAAAGAAAGUAUUUAUACAGAAGUAAAUAUUUUUAGUCACAGUGGGUACAUAGAUGGUGCAAUGCACAUACCUGAUGCUAAAGCUUUGUUUUAUUUGAAGGUUGGGAACUAUUCUUUUAGUAGCAUGACUUGGAAUCAAUAAAUUUAUUUUAUUUUUAACAAGGUCACGAUGAAUUAUGCGCUAUAAUUCCCUUUGAGGUGAGAUUUCUGCUAAGUCAACUUGAAAUUCGGCACCUCGUAAAAGUACCUCUGAAAAUUUCCUGUCUUUAAGGACACAGCGAACACGCUAUGGAAUUCCUUUUUCGAGUUGCGCUAGCUGGCUCAUUUGACGUCUUUGUAUGGUAUUAGACAAAAGGGAGCAGAGAGAAAAUUAAGGUAAAUGUUGCUUCUCUCCUCUUGUUUACGACAGAAUAAAAACAUCGUGAACAGCUCUAAA